AUGUUGGCCUCUGGCUAUAGUCAACUCGCCGGCCAAGCUCCGAACAACCAGGAUGUGCGAGCUUUUGCUGCGAGCAUUGCCGCCCUGGCUCUAGAUCUUCUUCUUACGGCGCCCGCAGUGAUUGCUAUUCAUUCUCACUUCCGCCAUAAGAAAACUAAGCCGAGGCUAUACGAAGACGAAGAUGGAGUCGCAUCCGAGGAGUCCAUGGCUGCGUAUUCAGCCACGAUUCCAAAGGUCGUCCUGUCUAUAUUUUCGAUUGCUGGUUUUGUGGCCGCUACGUCCUUGGCUGUGCUUACUACUCUAAAUCAAAAUGAAAAUUCUACUUUUGUCCAAAACUGGCUAAAUGUUGCUCAAUGGACUGCUAUUCUGGUCCAGACGGCUUCCAUUAGCGUUGUCCGGGAUUCCUCAAAAUCUUAUUCACUCGGAGCAUAUAGUACACUUUCGAGUGUGUUCUUGUUUGCGGUUCUCCUCUUCCAGACUGCGCUGCUUGUACAGAACCGACCCCCUGAUGAUGCGACGCCAUGGAUAUAUACCGCAAGUAUUUAUAUCUAUGCUGCACAGCUUCUUACAUCAAUUUUAUCAGCGUUGGCCGGCGUCUCUUUGCCGCGGAGACCAGAGGUUUUCUAUGAAAACCAUCCGGUUGAUAGUAUGGACACCCAAUCGGCCCUGGAGAAAUUCACUUUCGCCUGGGUUGAACCCAUCCUCAUGCUUGCCAAGAAGAGGAGGCAUUUGGAUCUCAAAGAUCUCCCAAAGAUGAACCAUCGCUCCCGCGCAAAGGAUCUCAGCGAAUAUUGGGCAAACAGUAAACGCCCGAGAAAACUCUGGAUCGAAGUUGCUCUCGCACACAAGCGGGCGUUGAUUGUCCAGUGGAUUCUUACAUUGGUCCAAUCAGUUGGGACUUUCGCGCCGCAGUUUGCUACCUACUUCAUCCUGAAAAUGCUCGAGAAUAACGUGUUUGGUCAAAGGGCGCCUCCCGAGGCAUGGAUAUGGGUCAUUGUUCUUACAAUCACAAGUAUCGGAAGCUCAUGGAUUGAAUCUUGGUUGUACUGGAUGUGUUGGUCCGAGCUUGCCAUUCCAGUUCGCGCUCAACUCUCGGCGCUCAUUUUCCAGAAAGCCAUGAGACGCAAGGAUGUAAAAGGAGCUUCAAAGGACGCUAUUAAGGGCAAUGUCGAAAAUGCAAAUACAGAGACCUUGCUAAACGAGGAUGAGGAGGAUGAAGAAAGCGAUCCGAAGAGCAAGCAGUCGACGGUCAACCUCAUUGGUGUCGAUACAAAGCGAGUAUCCGAGUUUUGCUCCUUCAACAAUCUUUUCCCGGGUAGCUUCUUUGAGUUGAUCGUCUCGUUCGUUUUCCUGUGGUCCAUCAUUGGUUGGGAGUCCUUGUUAGCCGGCUUUCUUGCGAUGGCUCUUACUAUACCUGUCAACAUCUACUCUAGCAAACGGUACUCAGAUGCCCAGGACAGACUUAUGAAAGCUCGAGAUGCGAAGAUGGCAGUAGUUACUGAAGCUUUACAGGGAAUUCGUCAAAUCAAAUUUUCUGCUCUGGAAACAAAUUGGUACCAAAAGAUCGGCAAAUUCCGAGGAAAAGAACUAGACGAGCAAUGGAGUGUGUUCCUUGCCGAUACAUUUUUGCUCUUUUGCUGGAUUUCGAGCCCAAUCUUGCUUUCUGCAGCAUCGCUUGCUACCUAUGCAGUAAUACACAGCAGUCUCACUCCGUCUAUAGCAUUCACCGCAAUCGGCAUCUUUGCUAACCUCGAAGUGACCCUGUCUGUCAUUCCAGAAUUAACUACAGAUCUUAUCGAUGCGUACAUUUCCAUAAAUCGAAUUGAAAGAUACCUUGAAUCACCAGAAAUAUCUAUAAACAGUACCGACACACCCGACAUCUCAUUCGACAACGCAUCCAUAGCUUGGCCUUCAGACGAAAAGAAGGAAGCCGAUGACCAGCGAUACGUCCUGAAGAAUCUGAAUCUGUCCUUCCCCCAAGGGGAGCUCAGUGUCGUGAGUGGCAAGACCGGGACGGGUAAAAGUCUCCUGCUGGCGGCAAUCCUGGGAGAGGUCGACGUUUUAUCCGGAAAAAUCAAUGUCCCACGACCACCCAAUACCCAAAAACGACAUGAUCACUUGGCUACCAGAGAGAACUGGAUCUUACCCACGUCUAUUGCGUUUGUCGCUCAGAUACCUUGGAUCGAAAACGCUAGUAUCAAGGACAACAUUCUAUUCGGUCUCCCCUUCGAUGAGAAGCGAUAUAACAAGGUCAUCGAAGUAUGUGCUCUACGCAAAGAUCUGGAUAUGCUCAACGAUGGAGAAAAUACCGAGAUCGGUGCCAAUGGCAUCAAUUUGAGUGGUGGCCAACGAUGGAGAGUCACCUUUGCCAGAGCAUUGUAUUCUCGAGCUGGCAUAUUAAUCUUGGAUGAUAUUUUCAGUGCCGUUGAUGCUCACGUUGGAAGGUUCCUAUUUGAGAAAGGUCUUACUGGGGAACUUGGUGUUGGCAGAACCCGUAUCUUGGUCACUCACCACGUUGCUCUCGUCAAGUCAAAGACCAAGUAUGUGGUAGAGCUGGGCCAUGGCACCGUCGAGAAUUCCGGAUUGGUCGAUGACUUGGAAGAAGCCGGCACUCUGGAUCGGAUUGUCAGUCAUCAAGAAACUCAGGAGGAAAUUCAAGAAGAUGAAGGUCCUACAGCCGUCAAUUCCGAGGAGUCAUCUGAUAGUGAGACGAUGGAGCAGUUGAAGAAGGUCAAUUCCAAGCAAGCACCAAAGAAGUUUGUGGAGGAUGAAGCUAGAGAACAUGGAAGAGUCAAGGGUGCUGUUUACAAGGCUUAUCUAAAGGCCGCCGGCGGAGUUCCAUAUUGGACGUUGGUUCUGAUUUCAUUUUUGACCAUGCAAUGCAUCAUGACGGGUCGAUCUUGGUGGCUCAAAAUUUGGACCGGUAAUGCUAGCACCGAAGGUAAAGGACAGACAGUUACCUAUUUCCUCCAAUCGCAAACACCUAUGCAAUUCUAUAAUAAUUCCUUACCAAAUCUUGGCCCGCUGUCAGAAUCUGGCCCCGGAUACUCCCUCGGCUUUUACCUGGGUAUCUACAUUAUGCUCUCUGUUGUGGCGGCUGUUCUCGGCACGUUUCGAUACUUCUACAUCUAUACUGGUUCUAUUCGCGCAUCUCGGGCUCUGUUCAAUAAGCUAUGCUACACUGUGCUCCGAACACCAUUGCGAUGGGUUGAUACGGUGCCCUUGGGUAGAAUUCUGAAUCGAUUUACUGCGGACUUUGAGACUGUCGAUGCUCGUUUGUCUCGCGAUUUUUCAGGUGAACUGCACGAUAUCUUUCAACUGACUGGUGUUAUUGUCGCUGGCAUCUUCGUUUCACCAUACGUCAUCUUGCUCGCGGCUCUCUUGCUCUUAGCUUGUGUCUGGAUUGCAAAAAUCUAUCUUCACGGCGCCCGUGAGGUUAAACGUCUCGAAUCCAAUGCCAAAUCGCCAAUCUUCGAACAAUUCGGAUCCGCUCUCACAGGCGUUGGCACAAUAAGAGCUUUCUCGAAAACAGACACAUAUAUCGAGCGUAUGUUUGCCAAGCUUGAUGAUUACAGCACUACCUAUUGGCACCUGUGGGCAUUCAAUCGGUGGAUGGGACUACGCAUGGCAUUGGUUGGCAGUCUUUUCUCGACCAUCGUUGCCAUCAUUAUUCUACUCAUGCCCACGGUGGAUGCAUCGCUCGCUGGAUUUGCAUUAUCGUUUGCCCUGAACUACGGACAAACAGUCAUCUGGAUUAUCAGACAUUACGCGAAUCUGGAGUUGCAAAUGAAUGCCGUGGAACGUAUUACGGAAUACUCCAACCUCAAGACUGAGUCCCAGGAUGGUGCUGAUCCGCCAGCUGCGUGGCCGAGUCAAGGUCGUCUUGAAGUUAAUGAUCUCGUUGUCUCAUACGCACCAGAUCUUCCCCCCGUGCUCAAGGGUCUUACCUUCCGCGUCGAGCGUAGCGAACGAAUUGGCGUCGUUGGUCGCACCGGAGCGGGAAAAUCUUCUCUCACCUUAGCGCUCUUCCGUUUCCUGGAAGCAAGCCAGGGAAGUAUUCACAUUGAUGGACUUGAUAUCUCGAAAAUCAAACUGCAUUCGCUGCGUUCCCGUCUAGCGAUUAUCCCGCAGGACCCUGUUCUGUUUUCGGGAACAGUUAGAUCGAAUCUAGAUGCAUUUGAUGAGCACUCUGACUCCGAGCUCCGCGAUUCUCUCGUACGCGUGCACCUCGUUACAGAGUCCGAGCUGAGUACUCCACACAACGAGCCAUCCGCAUCGAACGCAGAGAGUGAAACAGUAGCAACCCCAUCAGAUAACCAAAACACUAAUCCAUUCACCUCGCUGAACUCCCCCGUCAGCGAAGGAGGACUCAACCUCUCCCAAGGCCAACGACAACUUCUCUGCCUCGCCCGCGCUAUUGUCUCACGCCCAAAAAUCGUGGUCCUAGACGAAGCCACAAGUGCAGUAGAUAUGGCGACUGACGCGCUGAUUCAAAGAUCCAUCCGAGAAGAGUUUGGCGAUAGUACACUUCUCGUCAUUGCGCAUCGUCUGAGCACAAUCAGUGACUUUGACAAGAUUCUCGUCAUGGGUGACGGGCGGGUCGCCGAAUUCGGCACCCCGAAGGAACUGAUGCAGCUGAACAAUGGCAUUUUCAGGGGUAUGGUAGGGGAGAGUGGUGAGAAGGAGAAUUUAGAGAAGCUCAUCUUGGGAUGA